UUCUACGGGGACUGUAGUCAAGAGAGCUCGUGCAAAUACCCGGAAUCAUGAAGCAGCUGCCAUCAGAUACUGUGCGGCUGCUAUCGAGCUCCCAGGUCAUCACGUCAGUGGUGAACGUUUUGAAAGAACUGAUGGAAAAUUCCCUGGAUGCUGGGGCUUUAAGCAUUGACGUUAAACUGGAGAACUAUGGUUUGGACCGGAUCGAAGUACGCGACAAUGGCCAGGGAAUCAAAGCUGCAGAUACUCCUGUGAUGGCCAUGAGACAUUUUACAUCAAAGAUCAGUAGCCAUGAGGACCUGCAGCAUCUGGAAACAUACGGCUUCAGAGGAGAAGCACUGGGCUCCAUCUGUGCUGUGGCAGAGGUGGCUGUCACCACAAAGACAGUGGAGGAUGACAUCAGCACCCAGUACACACUUAACUUCAAAGGGGAGAUUGUUUCUCAGAAGCCAUCUCACUUAGGUCAAGGUACAACAGUGAGUGUACUGAAGCUUUUCAAGAAUCUCCCAGUGAGAAGACAGUACUACUCUUCUACCAAGAAGUGCAAGGAGGAGCUGAAGAAAGUACAAGACCUGCUGAUGGCAUACGCCAUUAUAAAACCUGACCUGAGGCUCUCACUCGUUCACAAUAAGGUGGUAGUUUGGCAGAAGGCCAAGGUGGCCGAUCACAGAAGUGCCCUGCUUGCUACACUGGGGCCCAGUGCUGCUGCCAACCUGCUCCCUUGCCACCAUCACCAAGAGCAACCAGAGAUUUCUUUAGAUGGCUUCUUUCCAAAGCCUGGAGCAGAUUACUCUUCUACAAGCUCAUCAAGCCCUGACAAAACAUUCAUAUUUGUCAACAACCGGCCUGUCCACCAUAAAGAUAUAAUGAAGCUGUUGCGUCAACACUACGCUGCUCAGUAUCCAGAUGACGCAGCCCGAAAUCGUUAUCCCACCCUCAUGCUUAAAGUUAAUGUUUCACCCUCUUCAGUCGAUGUCAACCUGACACCGGACAAGACCCAGGUUCUUCUUCAUGACAAGGAGGCUGUUCUCACCGCAGUAGAGGCAUUGCUGGUUUCUCUCUAUGGCUAUCGGCCUAGUUGUGACCCCUCAGCUGAGAAGCAGCUUGGCCACGAGACAUCCCCCUCGCCAUCUAGUCCUCUGCAGACUGAUGCCUCACGACCUGUCACUGAGCGAAGUGUAGAGAUGGAUGACAGUGUGUCCAACCACAAUGGUAACUUCCUUAAGGAAGCACCUAAACACAGUGACACAGCUCUGUCAGCAGCCAUAAUCAGUGACGCUUCACUGGACCGUCAGGCCUCAAACAGCAGCUCCUCAUCCUCUGUAGCAGAGGACUGGAUUGUGAACCAGAUCCCAGCCGGGCGGGAGUCUAACUUUUCUCUUCAUGAUGAUGAAAAAGCUCAGAGCUGCACUCAGACACUAGAAACUGGUUCAGCAAGUGAAUCCCUGGAGAGACUUGACAAUGUGGUGUCAGCAGCAGACACAAGCAAAGAACAGCUAUUAGCCGAGGACUGGAGCCGGGGGACGGCUCUGACUGACCCCUUAACACGAGAACCCCUGCAGCCUGUUAAAAUCCAUCAACCCUCAAAGCACAACCAUUCUGACUCAGAUGAGUUCAAGAGUCAGAGCAGCUCGAACAAAAAGAUGUUCAACGCCAUCACAGAGAAGCAGGCUGCUCUGACGGCCUACGACCUGAUCAGCAACCGCGCCAUGAGGGCACCGCUGUCUCCUGCCGCCCUGUUCCAGAAGGAGGCCAGAGCUGAGGUCCUCAGGGAGAAACCCACAGCCAGCCUGCAGGAUAUCAGUGUCGCUGUUCACGAGAGGUGGAAAAAUCUGCGGGAGGAAGACCGUAAGAAGUACGAGGAGAAGGCAAAAAAACACCUGGAGCACCAUGACCAAAGGACCAAGUUGGCCUCUGCUGAGGGCCCCAGAGAACCAAGUGUGAGCAUCGCAACAACCCAUGUGCGCAGCCAGAAACGCAAGGCUCCACUGUCCAACCAGCAGCUGCUGGACGAGCUCUUCUCUGCACAGCCACAAAAGAAGAUGAAGAACCCUGCACCUAAGCCCUCGCAGCCCCUCCCCUGCAGCGUGGCUGCCCUUCGGCUGCAGCUUCAGCGCCUCUCAUCCCAGAGCCGCGCAGCGCCACGGGGCCUCCAUCUUGUAAACCGCCUGGCCUCUCAGAGCGCCUGGGUCAUUUUAUGUGGUCAGAGGCUCAUGUUGUUAAACCCAUUUCGAGUGGAGGAAGCCUUGCUGUUUAAGAGACUUCUAGAGAAUAAUAUACUUCCAGCAGAGAGUCUGCAGAACCCUAUACAGUUAACAGAUGGAAGUCUAGGAGGAGCUGAAUAUACAGAUGCUUUGUGCAACAUGGAGAAACAAAGCCCUGAGCUGAACGGGCAGACCUUCUUCUCUGAUCCCAGGCUCGUAGCUAAUGGCUUUAAAAUCAAACUCAGUCCAGGCCUCUCGUCAGCCGAGAGACAUCUGGAAGUGACAGCAAUGGCAGACUGCGUGCCUUUCCUCGGUGUGGAGGACCUCAGGGAGAUCCUGACUGCAGUUCUUCACAGGAAGGCCAGGACUGUGCAAGAGUGCCGGCCACUGAAAGUCACAAACUACCUACAAGGUGAAGCGGUGAGGCUUGCCCGUCAGUUGCCUACAAAAUUAUCCAGGGAGGAUGUGGAAGAAACCCUCCUACGGAUGGAGCAGCAGCUUGGUGAGAAAAGCCAGACCUGCAUCCAUGGACGGCCAUUUGUCCAACACCUGUCUGACAUCCCCUCCACAGACCAGGAGGCUAAGGGUCUGCUGCGGCCUUUAGAGCUGUAAAAACAAGUAGACACCUUAAUGAAAAAUGACAGCAGUGCAAUAUGAAACAGUUGUCUAAUUCUAAUGCAGCUGAGUAUUCUCCAUUCUCCUCAAAUAAUGUUCAACUUUGU